CAAAAGGCGAUCGGACGCUUCGUGUUGGCAGCCGUUGCGUCCGCGAUGUCCCAAGUGCAUCAGUGAGACCAUCGCUGUUCACUUGCAACCACAUCCCUCCCGUCCGUCCACCUUGCCGCGCCGACUCGAGAUCUCUUUCGUCGCCCAUCAAUCAUGCUGGUGCUGUGGCUGGUUGCUCUCCACUCACUACUCUGCCCGCCGUGCUCGGCCCUGGGCCUCGCUGGUUCAUCCCAUCUGUCACAUGAUCCGAGUGUGCCGGGCGCCUUCCUGCCCGCUGCCGCCCCUCAGCAGCGGCCCGUGGGCUUCCUGCGGCGCCGCACUGGUCGGCAUGCCGCCACUCGCAGAUAUGCAUCUCCGUGGGAUGCAGAUCUGAAGGUGAGAAGAGAGUGAAAGAGGGAGGGCAGGUCGUGCACUUCAGCCUACAGAGGAUCACUCAAUUUUUCACCACGCGUCUCUUUCUCUCUGUGUCUGUCAGUUCCUGCCUUAUGGAGCGGAGGGCUCGCCCGAAAGAGGUAUGAGAAGAGGAGCAGGAAGAAACCGGUCAUGUGAGAGCGAGAGUGUGUUUGUGUGUCCAUCAUGGGGAUGGGUGGAGUCAGAGAUUGAGGCGCCCUUCCGCGAGUGGCAAGAGGCGAAUGAGAAGCACUGGCAGCUCCAGCUCCUUGACAUUGACCCCGAAGACAACUCGACAUACGCCAGAGAGCUCGAGGCCGCCGAGCAACGAGAGGACGCUGCUUACCAGAGUCUGGUGGCGCGGCUCGCCGGAAACGGUGAGAAAGUCAAGACGUCCCUUCUCAUUUCUUGCUGUGACUGAUCUGUGUGUGUGUGUGUGUGUGUGUGUGUGUGCGUGUCGGCCAUCCAUCCAUCUGUGUAGACACGUUGUGUUGGUACCUGGUGGACACGUAUUGGGCGAUUGCGGGGGACGGCUGGCGGGGCUUGUGGGGGCAGGAGGAGGGCAUGAAAUAUGAGGACCGGCGCAACGUCAUCGUCGAGGAAUUCAUCUUUCCCCGGCAGCAUCAGAUUGACCCCAACGGUGUGUCUGUACAUAUGGAGCUGUGAAAGAAAGGAAUAAACCAAGAGAGUCCGAUGGACGUGUGUGCAGGCACGCUGACCAUCGAGAUGUUCGACCAGGCUGGGAGGAAGCUCCGCGAGGCACAGGCCAACAUCUAUGUCGAGCGCGCCAAGUGUGAAGCGGUCGGGAGUACUGAUCCUUUCUGCUCCGCGCGAGCGUUUUAUGCCAAGCAGAGCCGCUACGACGCGUGGCAGCGGAUCCUCGGCAAAUACCAAAGCUCACCUGACGCAUGUAGGGAAGGAAGCGGGCACUCACCCACCCACACACCCAGCUCCAUGUGUGUCUUGUGUGUCCUCUGUGCAGCAAUCGAUGUGCGGGCGAGGUACAAGCAGUGGCUGUCACUUGCUGUGGCGGAGGCGCAGGGCCUCAAGUAGGCAGGCAGGCAGGUAGGUCAGGCAGACAGACAGGUAGGGAGGCAAACAGGUAGCUAUUCGUGGCGCUUUUUCCGGUGUGUGGACCGGACUGGCCCGGCCAGUCAGUCUAGCCAGUGAGCGAGCAGGUCGGAUCUUAUAGGUAGGUGGUGUGCAUGGCAUGACAAUUGUGGGACGGCACACGCGGGGCAGUGGUGGAAUGCUGGGUGGCUCUCCUUGACGGUGGACGUAUGAAUGGCUGUAUGCGGUCUCUGUUGUGCGCCGUGCGGAGGCCACGAUAUGGAUGGGUCGCCGGACGAGGAGAGAGUGAGUCAGAGAUUUUGUCUGUGGGGUGGGCUGUGGCUGCCGUGUCCCCUUCCUUCUGUCGAUCGUCUCUGCCUUGCCCAUCGCACUCGAUCACUCUAGCCCAGUGAGUGGGUGAAAGGGGUCGAUGGAUGAGCAAGGCAAGGACAGUCAACAAAGCGACCGACACUCAACAACCGUCUGUCUGUCUGUCUGUCUGUGCCGGCACUCACUGCAAGUAGGUAGGUGAUUGAUUAGCUUGUCAGGUUGUCUGUCUUUUCAUUUCGCGUUGUCUCCUGAGUCUGGGUCUUCUCCUUGUUGCAUUGGCCGUGAGAGUGGUGGACGGGGCGGCACCUGACUGACAUGUGUGGCCUCUGCCAUCGCUCGUGGGUGAUGGAUGCGCCGAGGGGAAGAACCGGCAUGAGGCGACGUGAGGACAUUUGGUUGAUGUGAUGGAUGCAUUGAUCGAUGUGAUUCACUCACGUGGACGGACCACUUGUAUGUCUGUAACAGACAGACAUAACGGCAAAGAUGUC